CCAUACCUGCUGGGAGAGGAAAAAAAGACAGAGUGAGAUAGAAGUCUGAUCUUGACCUAUCCAAAAUGGACAGGAAGCAUGAAGACGUAGAAGGAAGACCUGGUCCAGACUAGGACUUGCGUGCAUCGUUAUGCGACACCACAGACUAAAAGGCUGCUCGGGCUUAAAGAGAGCGGAUGACUUAAAACCUCACAAGCUGGCUGAUCUUAUGAUGUUGUUAUAAAGAGCCUGGAGGGGAUGUGUGAAUGGCACCAUUGGAAGUUGUAACAUGCUUAAGGAUUAGACAUUUUUGGGAUCUAACAAAAUGAUCAUCCUUGACACGGCAGAAGAAGACAUUUUGUAGCGAGACAUUUACAGCGACAGCAUCUUUCACCAAAAACCCACAAACGCCUUAACAACGGAAGUGACUGAGAUACACGCUAAUGGAGGAGGAAAACGUAUGCUGCUCUCUGCCAGAUGUUCCAGUCCUUCAGCAGCCUCAACAAGAGUCAUGGGCCUCUAUAGACCACCAGUACACCAAUGGAGAGCCGGAGACCAUUGUGUGGGGCGACACAGAGGUGCAGAUAAACCCCGAACACGGGACGGAUCAACUCUCCCCGAAGGCAGGACGAAAGACUCCUGAGGAGUUAGAGCCAUGGGAGCAGGAAAUAUGGCCGAUGACAUGUACCAGUGCUCCGCUGUCCUUCGCCACAGUGCAGUGGGACAUGCCCGACCCCUCUGCAGAGAAACCUUCAAUGAUGACUGACAUCAGCUCGGCCAAUGAGCUGAAAUCCGGCGGCGUGACGAGCCUAGACACCACUUCCCCGUCACUUCACCAAGACAUUAAUGCAGAGCUUUUCAAACCGGAGGGCAGAGGGGAAGAAGAUGAGUUUGAUUCACAGCUUCUCAACUCAAAUCUACAAUGGAUAGGAAGCGGCUCAGAGCCAUGUGAUGCUGCAGAUGUGCAAGAGCCGCCGACACAGGAAAGGGAAGAUCCCACACAUGAGCUGUUAGACAGUAAUAACGAAAUCCCACUGAGUACAGACUCAGAAGAAGAGGAGGGUCACUCAGCAACGUCAGAUACAGGUCAAACUGUAACUGACUUAAUCAAUAUUUUUGAAGAGAUUGAAGUCUCAGGAGAUGAAGCGUACAGUUUUGUCAAUUUAAAACUAGAAGAGGAACAGGAGGAGCCCGGCGUUCUGCUGACUGGACAGGAAGACUCCGAGGAAGCGCAAACCUCAGCGAACGGUGCUGGGAACGAGGAGGAAGGCGAGGGAGAAGAGGAGGAGCAGAUAAACGUGUCCGGUGCUGAAGAAAGUGAAGAGGCAAAAGCUGUCAGUUGUCCGAGUGAUGUGGAGCUUCCUGCAGAGCCACUACAAGCUGACGACACUGGACCAGCCGUAAACCCAGAUAAGCUAAUUGAUCUGCAGCAGCUUUUGGGGACUGAAGAGGACACAGAGUUACUAGAACGGUUACAUGAAGAUCCCACAGGUGAGACUGCAGCGCCAGAAAUGUGCAAAGACGUAGAUCAGAUCGUGGACCCCGAACAGUCAGAGGCUGCGGACGACAGCGUUGAACCGUCGGUACAGGCGGCAGAUGAUGCAGAGAGGAUAGAAAACUCACCAGACAUACUAGAGCUGAUUCAAAAACUGAAGGAGACGAGUUGUUUAGAGCAAGGAGAUUGUGACCAAACAACGUCACAGGACGCAGAGUCACCGCAGCCUGAACACGCCGAGUCCGAGCAGCUCGAGAUACCCGAGGAGUCCGAGCAGAUCCAAGCAGAGGUAUCCCAAGACCAGUUAGGACAACAUCUGGAACAGUCACCAGAGAUGGAACUGACAGAAGAGUCAACCCAACCUGAACAUGCAGACCUGCCAGAGGAGUCUACUCGGACAGUUUGUGUUGAAGCUGAAGACCCCGGAGUGGCGGAGCAGCAAGAACAGACGGAGCCACCGGAGCAGAAUGAGCAGACGCUGCAAACGGCCGACUUGUCUCAGCCAACGCUCUCUGAGACAAAUGAGUCAGGAGUAACAGAGCAUCUGUCUCCUGAGACCGAGGUCACACAGCAGACAGCAGAGGCCGAGCUCAAUCAGGUGGACAAACAGGCUGAGACGUCACAUCAGGGUGAAGAAGUGGGAGGUGCCGGGGACGGAUCCGUGCAAACAGUUGUCGCAAAUGGAGAGCCACCCAAAUCCCCCGAGACAGCAGUACCUCAUAUGAAUGGAGACGAGGUGAACAGAGAGAUGGCCCGCCGCCUCGCUGAGCGGCUGUUUAAGUUGGAUGGGAUCCAACGUGUGGACGUGGUGAAGCACUUAGACAAAGAUAAUGACUUCAGUCGUGCAGUCGGGGAAGAAUACCUCAAACACUUUGACUUCACCGAACAAACUCUGGAUCAUGCCCUGAGAUCUUUUCUGAAAGUGGUGAUACUGAUAGGAGAGACCCAGGAGAGGGAGCGUGUGCUGCAGCAUUUCGCCUGCCGCUUCCACGAGUGCAACCCCGACUCCUUCACCUCCUCAGAGUCUGUUUUGGCUCUCACGUGUGCUUUAAUGCUUCUCAACACUGACUUGCACGGACAGAAUGUAGGAAAAUCCAUGUCCUCGUCCAAAUUUGUGUCCAACCUCGAUGGGAUGAAUGAAGAAGGAAACUUCAGCAAGGAUCUCUUGAAAAGUCUUUACAACUCCAUAAAGAGUGAGCCGCUGCAGUGGGCUGUUGACGAUGAGGAGUUGAAGAGCUCCGUGUUGGUGGACGAAGAUGCAGCAGAAGAUGCGCCGCAGCGUUCAAAAGCCAACCCCUUCCAGGACGUUCCUCAUGACAAAACGGCCUCUGUGGUCAAACAGGGAUUUGUCCAGAGAAAGCUGCACGCCGACAUUGACGGCAAACGCACUCCGUGGGGGAGGAGAAGCUGGAAGACUUUCUACGGCGUGCUGAGGGGAAUGGUCCUUUACUUACAGAAGGAUGAUAGGAGGGACCAGCCGACUGACGAGGACGUGGUGAGCGUGCAUCACUCUCUGGCCGAGCAGGCGGCCGACUACACCAAGAAGCCACACGUCUUCCGUUUGCAGACGGCCGACUGGAGGGUUUUCCUCUUUCAGGCCUCAUCCAAAGUGGAGAUGUAUUCAUGGAUCAGCCGCAUCAACCUGGUUUCGGCUCUUCACUCCUCGCCUCCGUUCCCCGCCGCCGUCGGCUCUCAGAGGAGAUUCUGCCGACCGAUCCUCCCCUGCUCGCAGUCUGCUCACACUCUGGAACGUCAGCUGCAGUCUUAUGCAGGAAUGCUGGAAUCCUUCACGGCGGACUUGUCGUACCUGCACGAAAACUUGCCAGAGGGCAAAAAAGCCAAAGCCAAGGAGCUGGAGGAGCAUCGUGUCAGAGCGGAGUACCUGCAGCACGAGAUGUGUCGCUAUGAGAUCUACAUCCAGGGGCUGGAGGCCUGGAAGAGCGUGAAGACGACGGGCAGGUUGAGCGUCGCAGACCUGAGCCUGUUUGAUAAAGCAGUGUCUGCAGACUUUCUGGGGGAUGAAGAUUAUGAUGAAGGCGGGCUGAAAAAGUCCCACUCCAGCCCGUCUCUGGACCUGGAGAUGGCUCCUCCGACGGUGAUCAAAGUCAGACGCAACAUCUCAGAGAGACGGACAUAUCGCAGGACCAUCAUUCCUCGGUGGCAUAAAGAGGUCUGAGAGGCGUUUUAUGAACUGAAUGGGAAACACCAGAGUCACAUCUGAGACCUCAGCAAGUUUUGUUUUAGAGUUUUUCUGCAUUUUUUAUCUUGUGCACUUUUACAAAAUUAAACCUCAGGAACCCCAAACCCUCGAUCUCUCUCAGGAUAGAAAGCAGGACCUGAUUAAUUUGCUGAGUGCCUCAAAAUGUCUGGACCUAAUUUAUUUAGUUUUGUUGUGUUAACUUUGGUACAAAUUUGCUUUCAUUUGUUAUUUUUACUUUGGCAAAAAUAUGCCUUUAAAAUGUAAACCACUAGAGGGUGCUGCAGUACAGCGCAACUCUGAGUGAACGGAGAGGGACAGGAUGUGCUGUUUUAUUUUUAAAGAAGCCUAUUUGCACUUUUAUCGUUUUUAAUAUUAUGUAUAAUAUGUUGUCACCGUUACAUAUUGUUUUCAAAUGAAGGGUUCAUUUUCAAAAAGGCAUGUAUUUUUUUUCUCUUUGGGGAAAAAUAAAAUGGUACUUCCAUUCAUCAUUCA